AUGGCAUCUUUCUCAUCAUCAAAACGUCUUAAAUUCUCUGAAGAUUUUCUAUUUUGCCAUUGGAGAUCGUAUAGUGAAAACGUAAAAGGAAUUGCCACAUUUGAAACUCCUGAUGAGCUUCUAAAUAUAUUCAAUAGCCAAGAAAAAGUGAUUGAGUACCCCGAAUUGUACGAAGAGUGUAUGAGAAAGGCAGAUAAUUUUCAAGAUAAUUAUUAUACCUAUAAUGAGAUAAUUGUGUAAGUGGUUAGAUUUCAAAAGUAAAUACGCCUCCAAUUAUGACCGUUAUUAUCUUUGCUUAAAAAA